CCGACGACCUCCGCUCGACGCCCCCAGGGCAUCGAUACAAGGUCCGUUGCUGACUCAUCGCGAACAUCCCGCUCGCAGCCGCAUCGGACUAUAAUCAGGUCAGUCUGUCACGCUUGCAGUAGCUAUAUAACCACAGGCAGGACGCUCGAGCUCGUAUCCAACCGCUAGGCUCUACAGCAGAUCUCUACACCAUGCCCGAACACAAGGCACUCUUUAUUCCUGAGAAGCAGGCUCCCUUCGUCGUCAGGUCUGUCCCGACGCCCAAGCCUGGACCGGGGCAGCUCCUUAUCAAGGUCGAGUCCGCGGGACUGGCGCCGGCCGACUGGGCAAUCCAAGCAAUAGGCAUCCUCGUCCCGAAAUAUCCGAUCAUUAUUGGGAUGGACGUCGCGGGUACUGUCGAGGAGGUAGGCGAGAGCGUCACGAAGUUCAAGAAGGGCGACAGGGUAGUUAAGGAGUGCUCCAUCGGCGACGACCCGUUUUUGUCCGAUUCAUCGUCUUCGGCCUUGCCUAAUGACCAUAAUAGUCGGGGCGCUGGCUUUCAGCAAUACAGCCUCGCUAGCGAGGACACAACUGCAAAGAUACCCGAUAACAUCACUUUUGACCAGGCCGCGACGAUCCCUCUCGCUCUCGCGACUUCCGCAGUGGCAUUGUACCAUGACGGAAAUGGCGCGCUGGGCGGGACGUGCGGCCUGACGCCUCCUUGGGAAGCAGGCGGCCGUGGCAAGUAUAAGGGACAGCCUACAGUCGUCCUCGGCGGUGCCAGCUCCGUCGGUCAGAUCACCAUCCAGCUCCUCAAGCUCUCCGGCUUCGGUCCUAUCAUCACGACCGCAUCCCUCAGGAACGCCGAGUUCCUCAAGUCGAUCGGCGCCACGCACGUCCUCGACCGCAACCUCUCCCCCGACGCUCUCCACGCGGAGGUCCGCAAGAUCACUGCGGACCCGUUCACGACGAUCUACGACGCCGCCGGCUCCUCUGAGACGCAGAACAUCGGGUACGACCUCCUCGCGCCGGGCGGCACGAUGGCCUCUGUGCAGGACGACCUGGUGGCGCCGGAGAAGAAGGUGCCAGAGAAGAAGACGUUCUUCAUGUACGGCGACGUGAACAUCCCGCCGAACCGCAAGCUCGGCGUGAGUCUGUACUCGAAGCUGACAGAGCUGCUCGAAGAGGGCGCGCUGAAGCCGGUCCCGGUGGAGGUUGCCCCGGGGGGCUUGGAGGGUAUUCCACUCGCGCUGGAAAGGGUUCACAAGGGACUGAGCUGCCUCAAGCUCGUAGUGCACCCGCAGGAAACCGCUUGACGCCUCUGAUCUGUGUAGAAAAUGCACUCAGCGGGAAUACGGAACUUGGAUAGCACUUUAGUGGUACUUCGGUAUCCAGUGAGGU